AUGCGUACCGUUCCAUUGAGGCAACUUACAGUUGUUAAACCAGUUGUUAAUCCAGCUGUUAAACUGAGUAAGUAUUAAAACUUAAUUCAAAACACGUUUAAAGCCAAGUGAAGCGGUUUGAAAAUGACACACGACCAGUGGCUUGUACGCUUUAAAUAUUAUUAUAACACAUACCUAGUAAAAUUUUACAAGGUUUUUUUUCACCUUGGAAUGACGUUUGUUGAACGCUAACGCUUUUUUAAGUUGUUCUACUACCUUUUAUCAAGGCAACUUUGGAGAUGAACAUUUCUAUCUGAAAUUUUUUUCAUUAACCAAGUCAGCUGGAGCAUGUUACCUGUGACGAUCUCAGUAUAGUCGCUGAAACGUAGGACGUCAUGUAAUUCAAGUGGCUUCGACCACAUGUAAGUUAUUACUAUUAUUACUUUUUUUUACUUUUCUUCCGUUAUCUUUGCUGUCAAUAGUAUAUUGACACCUCUUCCUAUAUAUAAUUUAUACUUGUACGUUGCAAAGCAGAGUCCUUGUUGUGAACAUUAGAGCGCUGUUUGACGGUACUUGAAAUACUAUCGUGUUACUAUUCAAGGGAAGUUAUUCAACUGUUUUGGAGCUGUGUUAGUUUAUCCUAGCGUUUGAUUUAUGCAAAUUAAUGGCAAUGGUUGUUUCGUUUCAUACAUCAUUCAGGGCAGUGGUUGCAUUAUACACCUCAAUGGUGUACAUCUAGCUUCAGGAGACAAGUUCGGGGACGUGGUAGUGGAGUCACAUUGGAGCAAUGUAAGCAGCUCUGUCCACGCUGUGCUGCUAUUGAAUACUGGUCUGGAAAGGAUAAGUGGUGUUAUGAGUGCCUUGAUCACACCAAGCGAACAUCAUAUCCUAACACCGACGAUCGUGCAUACCCACCACACGUGUACAUACGGCAGUGA